AUGAAUUCAGGGGAGCUGCACGGCCUGGACAUCCAGGUGGGCACCUUCGUGGAGGCGCUGGAGACGGGGGCCGUGCUCUGCUCCCACGCCAACCACGUCACCCGCACGGCUGCGGAGUUCGCCCGUGCCUGCCCCGCUGUGGCCCGUCACCUCCGCCUGCCCACGGCCGGUGUCACCUGCAACCUCGCGGCACAGCCGGGCACCUUCCAGGCCAGGGACAACGUCUCCAACUUCAUCCAGUGGUGCAGGAAGGAGAUGGAUAUUCAAGACGUGCUGAUGUUCGAGACGGAGGACCUGGUGCUGAGGAAGAACGAGAAGAACUUCGUGCUGUGCCUGCUGGAGCUGGCGCGCCGCGCUGCCCGCUUCGGUGUGCGCGCCCCUACCCUGGUGCAGAUGGAGGAAGAGAUCGAGGAGGAGCUCCGGCAGGAGAUGGAUCUGCCUCCUGCAGACACCCCCCUGCCCCGGCCCCCCCGGAAACCACGGGACCUCCACAACCUUGACCAGAUGUUCCCCAUGAUCAAGAUAUCUGAAGGGAAAUACCGCGUGGGCGGCUCUGACACCCUCAUCUUUGUCCGGAUCCUGCGGGAGCACAUCAUGGUGCGGGUCGGGGGCGGCUGGGACACGCUGGAGCAUUACCUGGACAAGCACGACCCGUGCCGCUGCACCUCGCUCU